CUCUGAUAAUUAUAUUUUUUCUAACAAUGACAGUAGAACGUCGAAAACUGGAUCAGUUUAGCAGCGCUGUUUGUUCCCUAUUAUCGUCGCCGAUGUUGGAGUAAUUGCAAAUAUAUGUGCGUCGUGUGUUUAUAGUAACAGAUCCGCACUAUACUGACAGAACCCAAUGGGAAUAACGAACGAGUCACAGUGGGUAAAAGUUACGUGACCUUACGGCGAGAGUACAGUCAAAACCCAGAAGUGUGUGCAUGUAAUGACCCGGCUAUACCAAUAUGAGGGUGAAUCCAACAUGGUGGAUGUAUAUGCUGCUCGUGUCGGCUCUAUGCAAGUUAGUAGGGAUCCAUGCUACUCAUAGUCGAACGCUAAAUAUCCCGAGUUUCGAGUGGGAUUUGAAAGACUACCCAAAUCCUCUGGAUUCAACGGAUAUAUGUAAUCACCCACAGCGAGAGUCGUGGAUCUGUGAUCCGAAUGGAAUACUGAACAACGAGGAAGCUCUUACCUUAGACAACAAUUUGGAUGACAUAAGACUCACCACUCUGUGUACAUGUGACCGAUGCCAGGGAGGCAAUGGUGAAAGGAAUGGCUACGUAAUAUCUUUUGCUCUUCUCAACAAAAUGCAAGGAAUUUACCAUAACCCACAAUCGCCCACCGAUCGUGAAAUUCUCAAAGAAGCUCAUAUUUGGACAAAAUAUUUGAGAAGGAGAGCGUGGAAAUUCGGAGACUGUGGAAAUGACGCCGUCCUGCUCCUUUCUCUACAAGAUAAAGUGAUUUAUAUGAGUACCGGGGAAGAGGUGUGCACUAUUUUAAGCGACAGGAAAAUUAAAGAAAUUCUAGUGACGUCAUCGUGGCGGUUUACCGACCGGGAUUAUUUUCUUGGCCUCAGAGAUAUCACACAGACGCUUGAAAAAACGCUCCGCGAUGGCGAUAAAGAUGAGACGGAACCCUUUGUUUUAGGAAUGACACUCGAGGAAGUAAAAUACAUUGGAUUUAUUUUAUUUGGACCACUUACUAUUUUAGAUUUAAUCACGAUUGUGUUUUGUGCGCAAGUGUUUUGUAAUGUCUACGUCAGAGGUUGCAAAUCACAUGACGUGUGCUAUAAAGUAGAAUUCAAAAAGAGACGAAUUUCUGAAGGGUUCAAACUGUGUUGCCAACCGGUGGGGGCGCUGUUAGUUGUGGCGUUGGUGGCUGCUGUUAACGUCGGCGCGUUCGCGGGAAUCGUACUAUUACUGAGACACGAAACAUCGUUAUGUGGAGUAAAUAGUGGAGCUGGCGUCAGAUGGACUUGAACUGAAAUUAAAUUAAUAUCACACAACCGUUCCAUCAGAAAGACUCUCAAAAUAACUAUUCAUGAGUAUUGAAAUUUGCAUACGCGGUGCGCUCAUGAUCACUAGAUACGAAUUCAGUAUUCAGUCGAGACAUGGUUUCGACACGUGUACACUGCCAGAGAUCACAGAGAUCUGGAAUAUACACUCUGUAAUAUUGUGAUGUUUCCACACAGAGUACGCAGACACGUGGAUAACUACCCACCGUACUAGUAGUGAUACAAUUGCGACUAUAUACACCGCCGACGACAUUAACGGACUACAACUAUUAUCGAAAAUGGGUAAGAACCCACAAGACUUGAACUAUAUUACCAGUUUGCACACGACCUUCAAAGUACAUGCAGUUAAAAAAAUAUAUAUAUUUGAUAGUUCUCAUUUGUUUCAAAAUUAACAACAUUGUUUAAAAUUGUGUAAGAAUACAUGCUGCCGCAGUACAGACAGACGUUAUACAACCAUGAUAUCGUCAAUGAAAAACUCUCAGAAUACAGAAUAUUAUUAAAUAUUAGCAUAAAUGUAUUUUUAUAGCUACAUACACGAUCAAAGUGCCCCACCCCCAUAAAAACAAAGACAAACAACUAUUUUUUAAAACUGUUGUGUAAAUAUUGUUGUUAAAUUCUAACUCUUUGUAUUGCUUAUUUAUAUUUUAGAACUAUUUCAAUUAUCAAUAAACAAAAUAUUUUCAAUGU